UCUUUUUCCUCGUCGCGAACGUAAAUAAUACGCGAGCAAUUUCAGCUAACGAAAAUCUUUGUCGUUUUUCGUUUGUCGAAAUUAAUCGAUUCUUUUCCUCAAUUUUGGAUAAUCGACAUGCUUUACAUUCGGUUCGCGAAAUUUUUACGACAAGGUGUAAAUUUUAAUUAUAAGGAUCGACCAUGAAAAAUUGGAUAACCAGUGCCUCCGAUCAAUUUGUGAAUUCCUUCUGGCGAGUCUUCUGUUGGCUCUGGGAAACCGUCGAACAAAUCCUGAUCAUCGUACUCGACUGCUUGGCGAGGCUAAUUGAGCUAAUACUCGUGAUAAUAAAUAUAACAUUUCAGGUAAUCUGCUUUCUGAGGGAUUUAUGCAUCGACGCGAUGCAGACAUUUGCCAAUGUUUUCCGUGGGAUCGUUAACAUCAUUAGCAGCAUCAGUCGCAACGAUGUCGAGGACUUUGCCUCUGCCUGCAUCGUCGUCGUCUUAUGUAUCGGAGCCGUCAAGAUGUUUACGGAUCUUCUAAAGCGGAAUCCCCACACCAAGUUGUUCAAUGUGUUUGGACGAAGCGUGACGCAGAUUAGCAAUAACAAUAACCCGCCGAUAAGGAGUCACGGGCAGGAUGCAUGUCCUCCUGAAAGAAAGACAGGCAGAAGGAUAAGGCAACGAAAUAACAGACGAUCGAUCAGUAAAAGAAGAUAA